AUGUGGCGAUCCCCCUUUCGCUUGGAUUGGCACUACAAGUACUGGCAGAGGCAGACGGCCGGGUACCUGCGAACGUUCGAGAAGAACAACAAGCUACCGAACAAUGAGAUGAUAGGCUACGUCGUCAACGACAAGCACCCAAAAUCGAUCCGGGUAGCUUGCGACAGGUACAUGUGGGUGAUGCGGUACAAGAAAGCUUUCCGCUUCACCAAGAAGGUCUGGGCUCAUGAUGAGCAUUCUGAGUGCCGUCUGGGGGAUGUCGUGCGUGUGCAACCCCUCGGCUACCGGCUGGGGCCAUGGAAGACGUGCGCCCGAAGACUGGAUGAAAAAACGAGCAGAAACUUGCCGGUUGAAUCUUCCACCGGCGCUGGACCGUUAUUGGCUCGUUGA